GUCAACAGAUUUCUGCAUGAUUUGCAUAAACAGCAGGACUUCACGACGGACUUUGAGAAAAUUCAGCCAACGCGCGAGGCGCUAGCUAAGUUGUUUGGAGACCUUGUCGAUUCACAUCACUUCGACCACACAUUCAGUAUCAAUCUAGACGCCCUUGAUAAUGCAGUCACUGCCUUCAAGCCCGCUACCUACGGCGAUGCUAAGUGCCCCUUACUCCUCAAUGCUCUGAAAGCAGGCUUCACCCCUCUCGUCGAGGAGCUCAAGAAGGCAUACGUGAGCAGUUACUCCGGGAGACAAUUGCAAGAGGAGGAACUAGGACACUACGCCAAAAUCUGUUGGACCAUCACGCCCAUCUUAUAUCAAGAAUUGACCGCCUUCAAAGAUCACCUUGAUAUUGAUGGUUGGACCACCCAUAAAAUCUAUGACGCCCAAACACCCACCUCCAGCCUCCACGCUCUCUUCUUCCGCGACAACGGGUAUGACGUCCAUCGUCCUGAGAACGCUGAGCAUGGCGAACUGAAUCACAGACAAGACUUCAAUGGUAGCAGCAUUCUCAAACACCUAACCAAUCCACAUGAACUGUUCAGUCAACGGUCAUCUCCCGUCACCGGCAUCCCUCAAUCGACAUCCGGGUCGGACGAGCUAGGUGUAACCAUCGCGGAGGAGUGUGGUCUCAUCCAAAAACUCUAUGAUUUCCUGCAGACGUACUUCAAAGUCUGCCACCUUACCCGUAUUGACAAACCCCGGGCUCCAUGCUCCGUUUACGAAAUUCUCGUCUGGUGCAACGGCCUGCAGUUCAACCCCGUAUACGAGAAGCUCAAGGCGCAAGUUAGGUCUGAGUUCAUGAAGGAGGACAAGGAAAGGCCGGGUGAGAAGAAGCUGCAGCCCUUCGAAGCGCACCCAUAUCCAAUCAAAUACGGUGACGUAGAAGCGGAGCUCUACUAUGUGUCUGCCAACUCCCACGCCGUCCUCACCGCUAUCCUAGGUCACGGUCACAAGGACGGAAUUUACGCGUGUGAGUUCUCUAGCAACUCGCUAAAAUUAGAUUACCCUACCAAUAUGAUUCAGCUGCUGUGCACGUUGUUCGACCUGCUCAAGCGCCUCUACCACCAGCUGUACUUCCUGCUGCAGCAGUGUCAACUUACAACUCAGCUCAGCGGCUGGAAGGACUGUCACUACGGCAGGUACAUCGGUGGGUCAGGCUGGCAGUGCAACACAAAGCAGUGCCCUAAGCAAGACUGCGACCAAAGGCACGACCAAAGUGGUGACCAAACGGGGUGGGCAGUAUCCCAACUGCGGCGUCAAGUCGCCACUGCAAUCGUUCUUGGAGGACGUACACCUGGUAUGCCGUGCAGGACGCCAAUGGGCUUCGCUGAUAUCGGUGCCACCGCGUCGCAUACGAUGAUGGGCCAGGAUAUACGCGAGGUGCUUUACAAUUUCUGUGGGAGUGCAAAAUCUCCUCUUACUAAACUGUGCAGUUACUUGAACUGCCUGCUACCCAGUGCGCCGAAAACGCUGGCGGACAUGUUCAGCUUCUACUAUCACCUCACCGAUCGCUGGGGUAUGCAUGGUCAACAGCAUAAACAACAGGCAUUUACGGAACAAGUUAAAGCUGCCAAUUUCGGACGUCAGUAUACUGGGUUAAACGUAUACCACUUAUUUACCCCUAGUCACUCAGCAUUGAAGAAGGGCCACUCCGAUGGUAGCCUGGGCAGUCUCGUAUGCUUAUCAAGGGAAGCCGUCGUAUGCGGUCCUUUUUUGCGUCCCAUCGGUCACGCCAUCUACGAGACGUUCUCAUCAAAACACGCCGAUAAGUAUUUGUCGUGGAUCGUUUACCUGACCGCGACGUUCUACGAUCUGCUGAAGAAAUUGUAUGACGAGUGCAAUUCCAAAUGCGGUUCCAGGGGAUCGAAUUGCCAUGGAAAAGCGUGCAUCAAGGAGUGCAGAACUACAUCCAAACAUGAUCCGCCACGAUAUCACGAUCGCAAAUGCAAAUCCAUUGUAAGCUGCAAUAACACGAUGCCAACAUUGGCGAAAUACGGCUUCGUUCUCGGCGAUCCGGAAAGGCUGAACGGAAGUGAACGAUCGCAAAAGAAACGCACGUGCAGAGAUUUCUGUGAUGUAUUUAAAGAGGCAUUUGAGAAGGACUCACAUCUUGUGCAGUUCUUCAAAGCCAUUGAUAAUUUCAUGUUCACCAUCCGCGCACCUUUCUUGUGGAUGACCGUGGCGCUCUGGUCGCUAUCCCUCUUCUACCUCAUCUGCGUAAUGGUUGGCAGGCUGGAUGUGCUCCACAUACGCUCACACCUGAGGAUACCGUCGUCGCACAAGAUUACAGCGCAAUCAUUGUUGGCUGCAGCGCAAGUCGGAAGGCUUGCCAAGAUAUCGUACCUGCAACCGUAA